GUUUUAUUUACAUUCUCAAUCACUUAAAACUUAAAAGAAAUAAAUUAUAGAAUAUAAAUCAACAAAAGCUUGAAAAUGGGUACGAAAAGAAAAAACAUGGAAGAUGAAAUGUCCAGAUUCGAAUCGGAGAUUAAUCAAGUAGCCAACAUAAAACCAAUGUUUGUCCCGUCUCAAGUUAAACAAUUCAAUGCUUACAACACGGCUCCUCAUAAACCGACAAUAUCAAAACCUCCAAUGUCGAAUAACCAACAGGCUCCGUCAUUUAAUGCAACUUUUCAACCCGCACCAGCUGAGAAGACUCCAAUCAUACUUAGCUCAGCUCCAAAAUUGUACUCUCGACCAAAUGUCCCAACAGUAGAGAUUCCCAUCACGCUUUCAACAUCAUAUGGCGCACAAUCGUCAUCGUUACCUCCUCCUUCUGUUGGUGGUCCCAGUUUCAAUAGCAUGCCAUUCGAGGCUGUCCCAACAGCUAAAAUAAAAAAAUCGAAAAGCGAUAAAUCUCAGUCCAAUCAUAUCGCUGAAGACAUUAUAAAAGCGGCAAAAGCUUCAUCAGCAUUACAAUCGUUUGGGAACAAAGAUAAGAAGAAAAUUGACAAGAAAACUGUCAGACAAGCUGGUGGAAUAACCUGGGAAGAUCAAUCGUUAGCAGAUUGGCCUGAUGAUGACUUUAGAAUUUUUUGCGGUGAUUUAGGAAAUGACGUUAAUGAUGAAUUACUCACAAGAACUUUCAGCAAAUAUCUCUCAUUUCAAAGAGCUAAAGUGAUAAGAGAUAAGCGAACAAGUAAAAGCAAGGGUUACGGUUUUAUAAGUUUUAAAGAACCACAAGACUUCAUAAGAGCAAUGAAGGAAAUGGAUGGACGAUAUGUUGGAUCACGUCCCAUAAAAUUGCGAAAAAGUACAUGGAAACAAAGAGGAAUGGAAGAACGACGAAAAAAAGAUGCUGAGAAGAAAGCUCUCCUUUCUCUUAUCAAUAAUUAAAAUGUAAACUAUGAAAAAAUAAAUAAGCUUUUCGAACGAAAAAUAUUACAUUUUUAAAUUAAAAACAUUUUAUUCAUAUCCAGAAAUUACUCCUACGUGCAUUUAUUUUUAGCUUUUAAAUAAUAUUUCGUUGUAAUGUUGUUUAACACAAAAAUGAUGUAAAAAAUUGUAAUUUCAAAUAUUAUUCAACUAUGCCAUAACAUUUGUUUUAAAUAUAAGUUAAGUUUAAUGCUUG